AUCCUAAAAUCUUCAUUCAUAAUCUAUGCUUCUUUGAUGAAAAAUAAUGGAAAGCUUUCUGAGAUUUCUUAUGUGCUUAAUCUUGUUCUCCAUUAUAAGUGAAGCUGCUGCACUAGAUACCAUUGGUCCAAAUAAAUCAAUAAAAAUUGGUGAAACACUAGUUUCAUCCAAUGGAAGGUUUGAGCUUGGAUUCUUCAGACCUGGAAGUUCCAAGAGUCUGUACUUGGGUAUAUGGUACAAGAAAGUGAAGAAAUCAGCAAAUCAGACAGUUGUGUGGGUAGCUAAUAGAGAAAAUCCACUUUCUGAUGGUGAAGGAGUUCUGGUACUGUACUCAAAGGGUACUCUUGCUCUUCUUGAUAGCACAAAGGGUGUCAUUUGGUCAUCAAAUACAUCAAGAAGUGCAGAAAACCCAGUUGCUCAACUCUUGGAAUCGGGCAAUCUUGUAGUGCAAGAUGAAAAAAAUUACAACUCGGACAACUAUCUGUGGCAGAGUUUUGAUUAUCCGUCUGAUACAUUACUGCCCGGAAUGAAGGUUGGAAAAAACUUAAAAACCGGGUUUGACCGAAUUCUUUCGUCCUGGAGAAGCACAGAUGACCCAGCUCCAGGCAUAUAUUCGUCACGUUUAGACACUCGAGGGGUUCCACAAAUGGUAAUUGAGAAGGGACCUAAAAUUCAGCACAGGGCAGGGCCGUGGAACGGUAUGUCUUUUGCAGGGCGUUUUGCUACGCCAUAUCCUGCAGUUUUAUCUCGAUAUGUGUGGAAUGAUGAAGAGGUAUAUUAUACGUAUGCGCCUGAAGAUAGCUCAGUUGAAACAUGGUGGGUGUUGAAUUCACUUGGUCUUGUUCAGUUCUUCUCGAAAAAAGGGAUUCAUGAUUGGGAGCAUCGGAAGCCAGAUGAUAUCUGCGAAAAUUAUGCCUUCUGUGGAAAAUUUGCUAACUGCAAUAUCAAUAAAUCUCCUGUAUGUUCAUGCUUGGAAGGAUAUUUGCCCAAAUCUCCAGUAGAUUGGAAUUCGGGAAAUUGGACUGACGGGUGUGUUAGAGAUAGAUCCUCAGAUUGUGAAAAAGAUGUGUUUCUCAAGCAUACAGGGUUGAAAUGGCCGGAUACAUCCAAUUCCACAGUAAGCAAGACAAUGAACCGCAAGGAAUGUGCGGAAAUGUGUUUGACAAACUGCUCCUGCACAGCAUAUACAAAUGCAGAUGUCAGAUUUGGAGGAAGUGGCUGCUUGCUAUGGUUCGGUGACUUGAUUGAUAUACGAGAUCUCACACCGGGAGGACAAGACCUCUAUAUACGGCUGGCACCUUCAGACAUGGCUCAUCUUGACAAGAGAGAGAGAUUGGGGAAGACGAAGAAAGCAGCAUUCAUGGCAAGUGCUGUCAUCCUAGGCUCGUUAAUCCUAAUAGUGGGGUUUCUUCUCUGUAUAAGGAAGGAAAAACGCAGAAAUGAAGCACUGAAGAAAGGGCAUUUCAGAAAUGAAUACAUGAAUGAUGAAGAAAAGGAAGACAUGGAGUUGCGGAUGUUUAAUUUGGAAAUCAUAGCUAGUGCUACAAACAACUUUGCAAGCAAUAACAAGCUGGGACAGGGUGGCUUUGGUCCUGUGUACAAGGGUACAUUGUUAGGAGAGGGUCAAGACAUAGCAGUGAAGAGACUAUCAAGGAGUUCAGGACAAGGACUUCAAGAGUUCAAGAAUGAAGUCAUCUUGAUUGCAAAGCUUCAGCAUCGAAAUCUGGUAAAGCUUCUUGGUUGUUGCAUUGAAGGAGAUGAAAAAAUGUUAAUCUAUGAGUACAUGCCAAAUAAAAGUCUGGACUACUUUAUUUUCGAUAAAGAAAGAAGAAAGCUAUUAGACUGGAAUAGGUGUGUGAACAUUAUUGGUGGAAUUGCUCGAGGACUUCUUUAUCUUCAUCAAGAUUCUAGAUUGAGGAUCAUUCAUAGAGAUCUCAAAGCUGCUAAUGUUUUACUAGAUAGUGAAAUGAACCCAAAAAUCUCAGAUUUUGGCAUGGCCAGAUCAAUUUGGGGAGAACAAACUGAGGCCAAUACUAAUAAAGUGGUUGGAACAUAUGGUUAUAUGUCUCCUGAGUAUGCUGUGGACGGACUUUUCUCAGUUAAAUCUGAUGUUUUUAGUUUUGGGGUUUUGGUACUUGAGAUAGUGAUUGGGAAGAGGAACAGAGGAUUUUGGCACCCAGAUCAUGAUCAUAAUCUUCUUGGACAUGCAUGGAUGUUGUGGAUAGAAGGGAGGCCAAUGGUACUAGUUGAGAAUGUCCUUUAUGAGUUUACUACACCAUCAGAAGUUUUGAGAUGCAUUCAUAUUGGACUCUUAUGCGUGCAGCAGAGACCAGAAGACAGACCAGAUAUGUUAUCGGUGGUUCUAAUGUUGAGGGGUGAGAGUGCACUGCCUGAACCGAAGCAGCCUGGCUUUUUCACAGGAAGGAACCUGCCAGUAGUUGAGUCUGCAGGAAGCAGACAUGGAUUGAGUUCAAUAAAUGAGGUUUCUAUUACGCAGUUAGAAGGACGAUAGUGUCAGAAAAUAAAGAGCAAAAAAUGGCAACCAAUUGUCGCAGUUUCCACAUUCAAUUCAGUGCAUUUGAAAUUGAAGUCUCUUUGCAUUGAUAAGAUAAUAAGAAAUUUAUUUUACAGCUAUGAAAUUUGGUCCUUAAAAUAAAUAGUUCUAAUUACU